AUGGAGUUCUUAGGCAUGAAGGUCUCGGCAAAAGGCAUUCUGCCUUCUGAUUCAAAGGUUAAAGCGAUCAAGGAUUGGCCUGUUCCCACUAAUGUGCAAGAGGUUCAUCAAUUUAUUGGUUUGGCUUCCCAUUACCGAAGGUUCAUCCGUCAAUUCUCGUCUGUGGCAGCCCCUCUAACUGAACUUACUAAGAGUACUGGUUCUAAACGUCGUGGCAUUGUCUGGAGUCAGGAGUGUCAAAAAGCUUUUGAUCAAUUGAAAUUCUUAUUGACUCAUGCUCCCUGUCUACAACCUCCUGAUGUGACUAAACCAUAUAUCAUUGAGACAGAUAGCUCUGACUUUGGUUGUGGUGCGGUACUUUUGCAAAAAGAUGAUCAAGGCGUUUUACAUCCUUUGGCAUUCGAAUCUAAGAAAUUUUCUAUGGCUUAA